AGUCAUCGCUGGUCCGAGAUCGUUUCAGGAGGGCCGGGGUCCAUCAUUGAGCUUUGGCUCAGACAUGGCUGCCGACGGCGCGGAUAGCUUCCCUGGGGCGACGGAGUUGGAGAUUGCUCGCUACCGCCGAGCUCGGCCCGACUCUUUGGAGGAGGCCUCCCAGUUGUAUCCAAACGAGCUGGCGUGGAGGAGCGCGGACGGCUCGCCCGAGAACCUCGCGGCUGCAGCGGCAUCAGUCCAUCCUCAGUUUGUCCGGGCACACGGCACCGCUCUAGAUGGGUCCAAGAUAAUUCUCGUGCAGGGCGGCAGGUACGACAGCAGCAUCGACGUAGACAAGUACGUUCUCACUUGCCCCCACGUGCUCGACCAGAUUGUGCGGCCAGACUCGGACGACCUCGUCACUCUGCUGAUCGACGUGCGGCCCCACACGGGCUGGCCCAACCCGCCUGCGCCCACAAUGUUCCCGUUCUUCAAGAAGGCGGCAGCGCUGAGCAACACCGCCCAGCUCAUUCUGGCCAAAUCAAACGGGUCAUCGUCUACCCCCUGCCCGGCAUUUUUAGGUACAUUUGGACCGUUGCGAGCGCCCUCGUGGAUAAGUCCAUCAGGGACAAGUUCGUGAUCAUCAGUGGUGCCGCUGGCAUCGGAGCGGAGUGCCCCCUCGAGCUGGCGCAGUACGUGUCGUUCGAGGACCCACGAGUUCCCCGAAGACGCGAAGGGCAUGUAUUCGAGCCUGCAGGCGACUCGUGUGGAUGCGGGCAAGCGAAGCUCGAAGCAGGUACAGAUUGACUCGGCGGGCGAGGUGUCCUGGAACUGCCACGUGGCGUCCAAGGACAUCAACCUGACCGUGAGCUUUCACUCAGCCGAAGGCCUGCCCCCGAUGACAGUCUGCGAGGGCGAGAAGGUGGAACACAGGACCGACCGGGGUAGUGACCGUUCCCAGUGCUGGUGUGAUGAUCUUCGACAUGGAUAACACCUAUUCGUGGAUGACAUCGAAGGAUGUGACUAUCGGCGCUGCGCCGGUUGAGGCGGGUGUGGAUGAGGCAGAGUCCGAAAUUGAAGAAGCUAAGCGGUCAUUAGAGGCAGCUUGAAGCAGGGUUGCUCUCUUGGCCGUGAGGCACCUGGCCGCAGUGCCUCUCUGUGCCCUCGUGUCGCUUCAUCUGUCUCAUCCCCUCUUUCUGCCUUAUUUCUGCUCCUCCCAUCGCUCCCUCUCUCUCUGCCUCUCUCUUUCUCUUUUUCUGUUGUUCUUUCCGUAUCUAUCUAUUGGUCUCCUUGUCCUUUCGAUCUCGCAGAUGCGGGUGGCGCCUCAUUCUAGGUGCGAUGAACGGUGCCCUCGGGCCGCUGGGGCACAGCGCGCGCGAAGCCGCGGGCUGAUGCGGACCCCUGGGGCGAGAGUCUCGGCAGUGGCGAUGAUUUCUUUUUUGGGAUGCACACAUCGUACGCCAGAGCAUUUAGUCAUGAGCAUAAUGACUUCCCGAUGCAGAAAAAAUGUCGCA